AAUGGUUGUGGUCUGACAACCGUCUCUCCUAAAUGAAGGCGGAGCUUGUGCAAAACAGUCGAUAAUUUUUUUAGAAACAAUCAGACAAGAUACACAUGGCUGCUCUAAGGGAAGUUUUGAAUUUCAACUCCAAGUGUUUUCGGGGGGUUAGAUCUUAUUUUUGUUCUUCUCCCGCUUUUCAAUAUUCAUCUCUUAGUCCCAACAAUGCAAGUUCAAAUGUUCAGAAAUUGGAUUUUGAGGAGAGCGAUACGAAGCGGAUGAGCAAAGCAAUGAAAUCAUACAUGGAGCGUGCAAAAAUUCAUGAUAAUUUCAUCAAGGAGCAAUUACACCAGUAUAAUAUUGGGAAACGACAUUUGGCAAACAUGAUGGGAAAAGACCCUGAAUUCUUCACUCAGCAUGAUGUUAAUGAGGCUAUCAGGUAUUUGUUUCCAUCUGGGCUGUAUGACCCACGAGCAAGACCAAUGAUGAAACAUCCUGAUGAAAUUUACCCCAAACGGAAAGCAGCAGAAUUUGAUAUGAAUGGCAGACCUUUUCACAGCUUAUUCUACACAUCAAAACCAAAUUAUUACAACCUUCUGCAUGAUUUAGCAGUCAAAUUUAAGCAGCUUGAUAACCAUGAAGAUAAAAUGAUAUAUAGAGGAAUUCAAGAUCAGCAGGCUAGUGAAUUGUUUCUGUUUGGAACUGACUGGGUAUCAAAGGAAAGUCUUGAGAGUGUUCUUCUUGAGAGUUUAACUGAUUCACAGUAUUCUAACUUGAUUAAAACGAUGGAACGCUUCGCUCAACACCGGUAUGCCGUUAGGGAAAAAAACUUCAUUAUGCAGUUUCGACAUCAACUAGCUGCGCAAACUGAAAUUCAAAAAAUCCCUGAGUUGACGCGUGAUGAAUCAAAUCGUCCGUUUACUACGUUCAGUGCUCGGCGGAAGAGAUCUAACGCUUUUGUGAAGGUAAUUGGCGAGGGUACCGGACUUAUAAGUAUUAACGGAGAAGACAUUCUUUACUUUAAACGAAAGCAAGAUAAAGAGCAGAUAAUUUUCCCGCUAGAAUUCUGCAAUAUGUUAGGGAAAGUGGAUGUCGUGGCCACUUGCGAAGGCGUUGGAAUGUCGGGAAGAGUGGGCUCCAUCCGACUUGCAAUAGCCAUGUGUCUGAGGUGUUUCGUGGACGCAGAAACUAUAGAACGCAUGCGUUUAGCUGGAUUACUUUCAUAUGAUCCACGCGAACGUGAAAGGAAAAAGCCUGGACAACCUGGUGCCCGUGAAAAAUUCACUUGGAAAAAACGAUAGUCAGCAUUUAAAUCUUACACAUGAGUAAAUACAAAUUAAUUCAUUUA